CAGCACGCGCCGCUGAUCGGUUUACAUCCUUUGGCAUCUACUUCGAGAUUUGGCUGCCAUCUCGAUCAACCAGGACUCGCUCGUGUCACCAUCAGAGGUCGAGGCCGGGAACGGAGUCGGUGACUUUUUGUCGUCGUACCUUCUUCGAGAAGUUUCGGCGUGCGCGCGCAAUCGCACCAACGCGUCGCGGGGUUCAAAGGAGAGAGAGCAAGAAACCCGACAGCCAUGGCGACUGGCGUGGACGCGAAGCUCCUCAAGAGCACAAAGUUCCCACCCGAAUUCAACCAGAAGGUUGACAUGCAAAAGGUCAAUGUCCAUGUUAUGAAGAAAUGGAUCGCCAACCGGGUUACCGAAAUCCUCGGAAACGAAGACGACGUCGUUAUCGAGCUCAUAUUUAACCUGGUUGAGGGUGCCCGCCACCCCGAUAUCAAGUCUAUCCAGAUCCAGCUGACCGGCUUCCUCGACAAGGACACGCCGGCGUUCUGCAAGGAGCUCUGGAAGCUCUUGCUCAGCGCCCAGGCCAGCCCCCAGGGCGUACCCAAGGAGUUGCUGGAGGCGAAGAAACUGGAGCUGAUGCAGGAGAAGAUGGAGGCGGACAGGGCCGCCGAGGAGGCGCGCCAGCGGAGAGAGGAGUUUGAGCGCCGCGAUCGCGGCAGGGGCGGACGCGGCGGCGGCGGCGGCGGCGGCGGACCUGGCCGGGGGGGCGACUCGUGGCGCGGCCGCGACGACAGGGACAGGGGCGGCCUCGGUCGCGGGCGGUCCCGUUCGCCUCCUCGAUUCCGCGAACGCGGUGGGCGUGGAGGACGAGGGGAGCCCCGCGGCGGGGGGUGGACGCGCGAUGUAUACGUUCCCCGCGGAAGCCCGCCCCGGCAGCGUGGUGGUGGGCGGCGUGAUGGCAGGCGUUGGCGGUCUCGGUCUCGGUCCAGGUCCAGGUCCAGGUCCAGGUCCCGGUCCCGCACUCGGUCCGUUUCGUCGGCCCGGUCGACCUCGUCCCGGUCUUUGUCGCGCACUCCCAGCGUGGACGGCAGCAGGCGGUCUUACACCAGGUCACCCACCCCACCGCGGCGGCGGCGGCACGGACGGUCCCGAUCCCGAUCGCGUACGCCCUUGUCGCGGCGGGACUCGCACAAGCGGUACCGGUCUCCGCGUGGUCGCAGCCGGUCAGUGUCGUCGGACCGCGGCUCGCCCUCCCCGAAGCGCCGCCGCUAUUCCCGGUCGAGGAGUUGGAGUCGUGGCCGGAGCCGGAGCCGGAGCCGCGAUGAGAGCCGCAGCCUGUCCAGAACGCCGACUCGGCGCUAUAGUCGGUCGGUGUCGAUGUCCUCGUCACGGUAUUCGCGGUCGCCCAGCAGGACUCCGCCGAGACGGUCGAGACGCGACAGCCGGAGUAGUUCCCGGGGUGGUGGUGGUGGUGGUGGUGGUGGUGGUGGCGGCCGCAGGCGCCGGAGCAGGUCCCGGACGCGCAGUCGCGGCCGCAGCGCCAGCCCCGCCAGCUCGUACGACAGCCGGCGCCGGUCGCCCCGCCGGCGGCCUCGUGGUGGCAGAGGAGACUCCCGCCGGCGCGGAGGAGAGGGCGACGGCAGCCCGAGGGGCGGAUACAGGGACCGGAGAGCCUCUUCUGCGUCUUCACACUCUUCUACACGGAACAGAUCGGCUGAUGGUUCAGGCGCUGAAAGCAGACGACGAUCUUCCCUUGACGACCCCCCGGCGUCGGGCGCGAAGCAGGACGCGAGAACAGCCAACGAACUCCGCGAGAUGGAGCUCAAGGAGAAAAUCAAGAAGAUGAGAUCAUCGAAGAGCGGAGACGACCACGUCGAGGCUAACGCUGCUUGAAGCUCUGCUGCAUUCUGAUCGACGGGCGUCCGUAUCCUCCAUUCAUGAAGAUCACGGGCGUUCUACGAAAGUACUACGGUGGCACUUGGGCGUUCGUCUUGCUUGUAGAUUGGGAUUUGUGAGACCGACCCCCUCCCCAAAACCCCCCUUUUUCAAUUUUGCCUCUGCGAAAUUGUCUGAGUAGUUUAGAUUGUCAGGUAGCAUAACUAUCAUUCGUGGUACCCGCGAGAUGUGCCGCCUGCUUUAUUUCGUACAAUCCGAC